CAUUGAAAAGAAAACUUGAAUUUAAAAUAUUUUAUUUUUUUAAUACUUUCAAUAAUAAUUCGAUCAUGUAUGUUUUCUAUCUUUAAGGAGAGUUAUUUUAGUUAGAGUUUAGAUGUCGUUAAUCAACAGAGAUAAACUCCAAUGACACACAUAUGUAAGGCUUUUAGUGUUUUAUAUAUAUAUAUAUAUAAAAUUUGGACAAUAGUUCUGUAGGCGAUAUAAAAGAAUAUAUUACUGGAAAAAGAAAUAAAAGCGUUCUAAAUUUGAAAGAAAAGAUUAAAUAUUUCAAUUUAUUAUGUAAUAUGUUGGCCACAUAAUAUCGGACAGAGACACGGAGUAGUGGCAAUAUCCGUAAAAAUAUCAAGUACGAGGCACUUUUGGGUGUUUACAUUAUAAAAAAGUGGAUGAAAGGACAAAGCCACCGGUUUCAUCCGGUUGUCCACCGGCUCCCCACCGGUAUCUUCCGGUCCGUCCUUUUAAAACACUAAGCGGCGUCUUCUCUCUCCUCUGCGAGACUCUUCUCUCUCUCUCUCUCUCUCUCCUUGGAAACGCCCAUUCUCCGUGUCCCCUUCCAUUUCCCAUCUCCGUUCCCCGUUUGGCUCCGGAUCGGCGCCUUCAAGGGUUCCUCUCCUCGAUUGGCCCUCCGUGACGCUGAAUGCGCGCGUGUUGGUGUUGGUUAUCGUCUGUUUCCGCAAUGUGCACUAAUUUUGACCUUCAUCGGUUUUGAUAGUGUUUCGGGGGUUAGAUUGGGAAUGGCUGCUUUGCCAAUACUAGGUUGGUGUGGAGGCCGUGCUGCCGAAGGAGGUUUUGGAUCAAAAAAAGGGUUUCUAGAGUGCUUUCUCGGUCUUUUUUGGGUUCGGGUUGGAGGCUUUUGAUUUCUCCGGCUGUUUGGUUCUUGGGAGUGCUGCUCGGCGAGGGGAGAGAAGCCUUGAGAUUCUCGCCGAAAAAUUCGAAUUUUGAUUUGUUUAUGCUGUGGUGAGUGAGGGGUUUUGGUCAAUUUUGGCGCAAAAUUGCUGGAUCUGUGGAAAAGGUUGGUGACAUGUCGGGAGCUCCCAAGGUUCGUUCUCUCAACGUGGCCGAUCCUGAGGCAAGGCCGGUUCUUGUCCCCGGAGGGAACAAGGCCAGGUCAGUGGCAACCGCUCAGAAACCAACAUCGAAGCCUUUGAGUAAAACUGAGGGCGGCGCAGAGGUUGCAGCAGCUGAGGAGAAGAAGAAGACUUCCAGUCCUACUGCGGAUCUACCGCAUUUUAGGUCUAGCUUAAGUGCUUCCUCAGCUCUUAGGAGGCAUGAGAUGCUGUUGCCGUCGAACCUGUCGAUGAAUGCUUCUUGCUCCUCCGAGGCAUCCACUGAUUCUUUUUGCAGCCGAGCCUCCACAGGCAGGAUUGGUAGGGCGAGCUUAAUCAGCAAGCGCAGGCAGAGCGUUCCAAGGACAGGCAAGAUUGUGACUAAGGUGGACAAGAAUAUUUCAGAUGAUGCAGCGAUGCCCCCGUUGGAUCUGGUGCAGGGAAAGAGGAAGUGCGCUUGGGUAACACCCAAUACGGAACCAUGUUAUGCUUGUUUUCAUGAUGAAGAAUGGGGAGUUCCUGUCCAUGAUGAUAAGAAAUUAUUUGAACUUCUUGUACUAUCAGGUGCAUUAGCUGAACUUACGUGGCCUGUUAUCCUCAGCAAAAGGCACAUGUUUAGGGAAGUUUUCUUGGAUUUCGACCCUGUUGCAGUUUCCAAAUUGAAUGAGAAGAAGAUUGUGGUGCCUGGAAGCACUGCUAGCUCCCUUUUGUCAGAGCCAAAGCUGAGAGCCAUCAUUGAGAAUGCACGCCAGAUACUCAAGAUAGUAGAUGAGUUUGGAUCGUUCGAGAGAUACUGCUGGAGUUUUGUGAACCACAAACCCAUUGUCAGCAAAUUCCGUUAUCUACGUCAAGUUCCCGUGAAGACUCCAAAAGCAGAUGUCAUAAGUAAAGACUUGGUUCGAAGGGGCUUUCGCAGCGUGGGCCCAACAAUCAUAUACUCCUUCAUGCAGGCUGCUGGACUGACAAAUGACCACCUCAUCAGCUGCUUCCGUUUCGAGGGGUGCAUCGCAGCUGCAUCCUCGAGCAUGGAAGCAGCUGACGAGGCCAAGGGAAAGUCGGACUCUAAAGGAGAAGAGAAGAUCAAUACAGGUCAGGAGCUUAUGGUAGGAAUUGACUUAGAAUUGUCAAGAGCUGUGGAUGAGCUGAGCAUUCCUUAGCUGCUCGAAGACAGGUGAGUUCUCCAACCAUAAUCUAUAAAAAACCAUUGAUACUGCUGGUGGGAUAUCCCUUGCAGAAGUGAAGGUAGCAGCCCUGUGUAAAUAAAAUUGCAAGUGAGGUUUGUGCUUCUUGGUUUGUAAAUGGACUCCAGAGAGCAAAGAGGCCAAUGUUUAUUCUAGAGAAGAAACAAUGUUGCAUCAUGUUGCCUUCCUUUUGUGUGAUGGACCAGGGAACACAACUUCAGUUGUGCAGGUGCCAACACAUGUCAACAAUUAUUUGCAGGUCCCCAAUGGCUCUGAGAUAUUCUCCUCUCAA